GCGUCGAGGGGCCCUCUACACAAGGCUGCUAUCAAUGGACAGUUCAAAACAAUCAAAGUACUUCUUGAAAGUGGUGAAGAUGUGGAUAAAAAAGAUCAGGUUUGUGUCUUGUACAGCUUAAUAUUUUAAUUUAAUUUUAAGCCCGCUUCUCACGAGAAAUCCUCGUAUAAAUGACCUUUGCGCCUUAUGAAAGACGUUAACGCAUUGUGCGUAUGUGUUAUUAUAACACGUGUUAUGGUGGAAUGCCGUUGCCCGGAUAUAAGACCCGAACAAGACGCGAACCAUUUAUACGAGUUCUUCGCGUCCUAAGUAAGACGUGCCGACCUAAUUCAGAAGAGUCUUUUGUAGGACGUGUUUUAUUGUUAUUAGUAUAUGUCAGCGGUCGUGUUCAUAGCGCUAAAACGUGUCUUUUCGGGCUCUUCCAAUUUGAAGCUUUUAUUCAUCAUUCUCAUGUCCCAGUUUCUGGAGGCUUUAAUUCUCACCAUGACUCUGUUAAACCACUUUUCCACUCGCCUCUUCUUGACCGGCUGAAGCGUCAUCUUGAAUUGGCUUGUUCUAGAAGUGCAGGUUAUCUGUCCUUCAAGUUAAUUCUUUACCCGAACUCUGAUUCUAACUCUCAACUGACGAGAUUAACUUCUAGUGGCGACAUUAGCUUGAAUCCUGGUCCAGAAAGAUGCUCUGUUUGUGGUAAUUCCGUCGCUCGAAACCAUCGUUCCCAUCCUGCGACUCCUGCGAACUUUGGUGCCACAUCAAGUGCGGCCUAAUCACACCGAGGGAGUUUAAAAGGUUUCAAUCACUCGAAAACUUCAACUGAAUUUUCCCCGUUUGUCUUGCCUUGUAUUCUUCUGUGCCUAUUGACCAUAAAUCUAUCUCCUCUCCUUCGAUCUCUGGCCAUGGUCUAAACUGCUUUGGUUUAUUUUUUAUAUUUAAGUGCACACUCAUCGACAUGUCAGAAGAUUCAAAACGUCCUCGACCUUGUCCUUUCAUCGACACCUGUUUUAGUCAGCUACGUCAGCUGUUGGCCAAAUUUUUGUAAUUAUUAAUGGAAUGACCUGCAACGUUGCAAUUGGGCUCAAUUUUAGUGUUACACUUGGUUUGUUUCUUGUAAACUAGCUAACAAGGACAUAGUAAAGAGGCUAAAAAUAAGUACAACAACAUCCCAUUUAUUUUAUAAUAGGCCAUCGUUACACUGCACUAUUUGCCUUAUUUCAACCUCUAUCUAUGUCUUUCGCUCGUUUAUAUUACUUUAAACUGAGAUACUACAUUGGCUGAGCUCUGUUUACUGGGCAAGGAAGACACAGAUGCUAUAUGGGUAAAAAUAGCUAUGGGUCGACGUCCUUUCACAUUGAAGUAGCGAGGCAGAAUGACACAUAACUUCGCGUCCCCGCGUGGUCAACAAUGCGCUCUAUAGAAGAGUACAAAGGAUUGCCCACAACCACUCAACCUGUCCUGAAUUGAUAAUUACUCACUCAAGUGAAAAACUCAUAUUAAAUAAUCGAUUAACAAUACUUCUCGGGUAAGGACAUAAAAUUUCUAUUUGUUAACAAAUAUUUCUUAUAUAACUGUUUUUUGUCCGCUUUUCUGUAGUUUUCUAUGACGCCUCUUCAUCUUGCCUGUUGGUAUGGACAGGAAUCUGUGGUCAAACUGUUUUUAGAACACGGUGCGAACGUCAACGCUAAGGACAGGGUGAGUCAGUGAACUUUCUUCAAUUGAACAAUAUAGUGCCAUGAAGGGGUGGGGUAAGGGAGGCUGUUGUUUGUCUAGUAUUAGUGAUUCACACAGGAAUCUCUUUAUGUUGGCCAAUUAUUAAAUUUAUCCUAGCGACAGUAUUGAUACAACCCCCUAUCUUACUAUGGUACAUAGUACAUUUUGUGUUAUUGCAAUGGUAAUUUGUUAGCUAAGAUUUUCGUUGUGUUAACACACAACUUUUUAUUUGUUAUUCACAGGAAAAAAAAAAUGGGUGGUAGAAACCUUUGAUUUACAAACAGUGUCAGGAAAGAAUAAAAAUUAAACCCUUAUAACCGUAAGCUUGAGAAAAGAACCUUUCGAAUUUUUUUUGCGUUUUUAAUACCUUCACAUAUUACAAAUAUUUUACUUAUUACGACGUUUUCAUUGUCCAGUUUCCUUUAAUCAUCUUCCUCGUGUUUGGGAUCAUGGAUUUUUGUGAGCUAAAAGAAACUUAUUACCAGGGUGGUACACAUACCGGUAUGGAGGAGGGAGUUUGGCCUAUUCCAGGGCCGACUGUGACUGUGACCGUUCUUGGGUAGAGAUGGAAGGUGCACAGAUCGCAAUAGGAGAGGGAGUUGGGCUUCCUCUUAGGGUUGGCUCUGACCAAUCGUAGGCCUUCCUACGGCCCCCACUAACCUAUAUGUGUAUCCCAGGAGUGAAAAAAAUGUCGAGUCUAUGGGGGCGAAAGUGUGACGAGAGGAGCACUUUAUCCCAAUUCGCACCUUUUUUGAAAAACACAGCUGUCUUCAGAGUAGAAGUACAAGAUAGAGACAACCAAAUUGACUAAUUAGAUGUCAUAUCAGUGCAUCAGGUUGGAGCUCUCAACCGAAAGGGACAUCCAUGUGUUGACGCAGAUAUUGAUUACUGUAGUGGGUGGGAUGGGAGGGAAAAGAAAACAGAGUGACGAAGCAUAUCGAAGCAUACAGUGGCUGUACUGGUACAAAUAUUUCUUAACAGUGGGAAAUACUGCGAGCGCAAAAGGCGCGAGCCUCUAGGGGUUUCUAGCGGCAAAUUGCUACCCCAGAAAAUGUUGAAAUCUAGAAACCUGGAAAUGCUAUUUUUAGUAGUCUCCACGUGAAUAUUUCAAACUCGAUCAAGUCUAAAAUAACAGGUAUUUUUAGUCAUGACAACAAUAUUUCCGUUUGACUUGGAACAUUCAAAACUCGGCGUGUGGGCCGCACGAAAUCUCGGAGCAAACGCUUAAUGUAUUAAACACAUAUCACCUAGGUCCCCCAAAAUCGUAUUCCCUGCCUUUCGUCUUUCGAGACUCCAUUUGUCAGAUCCGGAACGCCUGUUAACGAAGUAUCUUCAACGGUGGGAUUAUUUUGACCACAUAUAAUACUAGGUCACUAGGAUAUACUGGGGCCACAAUAUGGACAACUUAAUUAUCAACUCACAACAGGACUAUUCCGUUUCGUAAAACAAACUUUGCAAUUCCAUCAUCCUCGGGUGGAGGCCUUCAAAUAAAUUGACAACUUCGUCCAGAUCGAUAGGCAUAUCGUACUUGAUAUGCAUGAAAGCCAGUGAGGAUAGCCUACUCUCGUCCUUGGUACAUCUCAUGUAAUUGUUUAACCUUCUCAUUGUGCUGAUUGAACGCUCGCACUCGCGCGAUGGAAGAGUAGCCGCAAUCUCGAGAAGAAUGUUCAGGCUAGGAUCACAUGCUUUCAAGGACGCAGCACAUGAAUCAUUUUGUCAACCCCAACUCUAUACUUCAUGCAAGGCUUUCGAAUUUCAUUUGUACUCAAACUCCUAACAAUUCUUAUUUGUGCCCGUAAGACUUUCCCGAUACUGUCAGCGUUUUCUUGCAGGGUAAUUUAAACUGAGUUAAAACACUCAAAGUUUGUUUUCCAUUCAUCCACUAUUUGCUAAAAGCUGAAAAUUAACAGCUUGUGUUUUUAGUCUCCCAUCAUUGAUCUGCAAAGGGGGUUCGUUCGUUGAUUGACUAAAAUUUAUUUCCGGUGAUCAAUAAAUUAUGAUCUCUCAGAACACGUGUUAAUUUGAAAGUUUCAUUGCACUGGCAUUUGCUCUAAUCCCAUCUGCGAAAUCCGCGUCUAACUCUUACCUAUAUCACCCUUAGAGGCUUGUUAUGUUUCCUUCUCUCUUCCUGUAUUUCAUUUGAGUACUUUUGCCACUGCAUCUUUACACAUUAAAUGAAUCAGCUACAUUACAGUCUUUUAUGGAUGUUACUGGAAUUGUAGCAUGCCUGCAACAGAAUAGGAAUUGCUUCCCCACUGGAGGGGAACUGCUCUUUUAUCUUUGCUGUUUUGGAUUACCAAAAACCUUUCCUGCAAGAUCGAUAGUUAAAGCCCAUGGAAAGAGAUACCUUUUUGUUUUUGUUUUGUUUGUUUGUUUUUUUUUUCUAGAACAAAAAGAAACAACAACAGGAAAAGAUUUUGGUCCCGCAGGCUACCCAAAUCGUUUUAAAUCGUUUCCUUGUUAAAGAUUUUUUUUUCUUUUGAGGUUAACAUUAGAUUUUGUUAAAGAACAAUUAUUGAGACCAUGCUUCAACACUUAUGUCCAGAGGGUAAUGCGCAUGUGAAAUGCACCGAAUUUUUUGUUUGUUUUGUUUUGUUUUUAAUGGCUCUGCUGUGUAAUUUUUGUUCUUAAGAGUACGUUGCGUUACGUUGUGUAGACAAGGCGGAGAUAUGUAGUUAUGUAGAAUUAAUGUUUCUAUGAUAAAUAGUCAAAAGUAGGUAACACAAUUAACUCUCCUUCGAUAUGUUUUUAGUUUCAGCGGAAUCCUCUGCAAAAAGCCGAACGUCAAAACCACCAUUCCAUAGUGCAGUUGCUGCUGAAGAAUGAUGCCAGGCCAUGUCCUCAUCAACCAGUAAGUUAUGGCAGAUUGUGCCCGGAAAACUAUCUCACAUUUCUGCUUUAACUUAUAAGGUUAUAGACUUGCAGCGAUAACAACCGCGACCACCUCUUCAUUUUGUGUAGAACACGUCUAUCUGCAAUAUGAAUACAGGGCAACCAUAUAAACUAUUAUAUGCAAAAAUCUACUUACAUGUAGUAUUAAAUGGAUUCCCUUUUUAUCACUUUCUCUUAUAAACUUGGUCAUUUUUAACAGGUCAGUCUAAAAAAACUCUCAAGGAAAGCUUUCACGCAAUUGGAUAAAAAGGCUGGAUUUAAUCUACCCCAGGCGGCUGUCUUAGAGGAUGAAAAUGACAUUGUUUUAAAAGCUCAUGGACUUCCAAGUUAUGAAAGUAUCAAAAGACUUUAUAAUGAGUGUGCUAAGGACAACAGUAGACAGACUAAGCUGCAGUGGGCUACAUGUAAUGAUGAUGCGGAACAAGCUGUUGAGCUUGUAUUAAAUGGCGGUGCAGCUAUUAAUGCCCGAGCGUCAGGUAAUGGUUACACAGUUUUGUUGCAGGCGAGUCGUUCAUCCUCAAGUCAGUUCAUUGAGACCCUCAUUGAUCUUGGGGCCGACGUUAAUAUCCAAAGAAAAAAGAGUAAAGAAACACCAUUAAAAUUAGCAGCUGUUUGGAACAACUAUAUGGCAGUGUGCUUGCUUGUAAGGCACGGAGCUCAUGUAGAUGUUCAGGAUAGUUAUGGAUUCACACCACUACACAUUUCAGUCAGAAAGGGUCGCGAAAAUCUUAUCAAAUUACUACUUGCAAAUAAAGUAGACGUAAAUAUUCAAGAUGAUGAUGGAUAUUCACCCUUACACUGGUGUGCCUUUGAGGGUAACGAAAACCUCUGUAGAUUGUUACUUGAACACAACGCGGAUGUAAAUAUUCAAGAAAAACACGGAUCUACACCCUUGCACUGGUGUGCCUUUAAGGGUUACGAAAACAUCUGUAUAUUGUUACUUGAACACAACGUGGAUGUAAAUAUUAAAGAUAAAGAUGGAUGUACACCCUUGCACUGUUGUGUCAGAGAGGGUAACGAAAACAUCUGUAGAUUGUUAAUUGAUCACAACACGGAUGUAAAUAUUCAAGAUAAAGAUGGAUGUACACCUUUGCACUGGUGUGCCAUAGAAGGUAGCGAAAACCUCUGUAGAUUGUUACUUGAACGCAACGCAGAUGUAAAUAUUCAAGAUAAAUAUGGGUCUACCCCGCUGCACCUGUCAGCUCGUAGAAACAGGGAUUGCAGUGAGAUAAUCGAUCUCCUGGUGAAGUAUGGGGUGCAAAACUUAAGCAUCCGUGAUGCAAAAGGCAGGACUCCUCUUCAAAUGGCAGUGAGACUUUGGAACGCCCAAGCUGUGAAAACGCUUGUUGACUUAGGAGCUGAUACUAGUGUGGUUAAAGCCGAUGAAAAGGGUGCCAUCAUACUGGAACGUUUGAAGAAUGAAGCGGAGAGGAUCAGUGGCGGAUCCAGGGGAGAAAACGACUCGAGGUAA